AUGAACUUUGAAACCAACUUUUCCAAGUCAUCUUCCUUCGAGGAUUUCUUUAAUGUGUUUGCUCCAAAUAACAACACCUCCUUCGCCAAUCAUCACACCUUCAUGAACGAUGAAGAUUUGGAUGACAAUAUGGCUGAAUUCUUUGGAGUAAAUUCACAGAGCGACAACAAUUUCCUCUCUUCCUCUGCCAACCAAAGCUUUUUUGAAACCCAACAACAACAACAACCUCUUUCUCCUAGCAAUGACAUGUUGCCAAAAUCCUCUUCCAUUCUUUCCCUAACUGAUUUUAAGCCAACCCCACUCUCUAGAUCCUCCUCUGCUACUUCAUUUUGUGGAGGACUCUACCAAGCUCCUCCAUCACUUCUUCACAAUGGUGACUCUUCUCCAUUGCUUUCAUCGGAGCAACAGAUGGAUGAAUUCCAAAAGCAAUUGACUCGAAGUGGUGCUGCUCCUUUUCUCUCUCCUGACGGUACUUUCAAACCAUCUUCUCAAUUGUCUCUCUUCAAAUUUGCCAAGCAACCUGACAUUUUCUCUUCCAUCACCAAGCCACCAAUGAGUUCGAUCACACCCUCUGACUCACUCUUGAACCAAGAAUUGUUUGCCUCUCUCAACGACGUUCCAAAAUGUGUUGAAUCCAUCAAUGAGAUGGAUACCACCUCCACAACGAAUGAUGCCAUGUCCUCUUCUGCCACUGUUGUUGCUGCCGCUACAAGUAGCACUUCUACCACAGUGAAGCAACAAACUUCCAGCAAUGGCCUCCCUGCUGGUUACAAAAUUGUCAAUGGACAAAUGUAUAAUGACAGAGGAUAUCAAAUUUGUGGAUUUAUGAAUCAACACAACAGACCAUGUCAAAGAAUUGGCAAGUGUCCAUUCCACGAUCGAAUGAAGAGCGACAAUGUCAUUUCAACCAACGGAGAUGGUAUCAUUGCUGCUCAAGAUAGCAUUGAACCAGAACAUUUUGCUCCUAGUGAAGUUUUAAAGUCUAAGAAAAAGAAAGACAAGAAGCAAAAGCAGUCAGAGUCAACCCUCGAAGUGAGCCAACCAGUUAUUUCUCAAUCCAGCGAGAAUAUUGAAGUUGUUGGCAAACCAACAACUAAGAAGCCAUACAAGCAAGGAUGGACUAAGGAAGAACACAUUCUAUUCCUUAAAGGACUCGAACUUCAUGGAAAGGGUAACUGGAAGGAAAUUAGCAACAUUGUUGUCACAAGAACACCAACUCAAAUCCAGUCUCAUGCUCAAAAGUAUUUCCUCAGACAAAAACAACAAAAGAAGAAUAAGAGAUCCAUUCAUGACUUUACUAUGGACGAUUUGAAGAAGAAUGAAGCUGCAGAAGAGGUAUCAAUGGAGGAGGAAGGCUCUCAUAAGAGAAAGAGAAACAAGUCCAAGACUUCUAAGAAGGCAUCCCAGUCAACAGUCGAAGAAAAGACAACUGUUACUGCUGCCAUUACUGAACAAAAAAUUCAACCAAAUACUGCCUCCUCUUCUACUCCAAGCACCACUUUUGAUGAAAGCAUGUUCAAGAAGGAAGUUUUUGGUGAAGUUUUUACCUUUAACAACGAAGACAUUUCACUUGUGAAACAAUUCAACCUCUCUCCACCAAAGCAAGAUGCUUAUUUGGAAGUUAUUAGCAAACUCACAAAUUUAAAGAACUUUGCCAAGCAACCAGAAUUACCAACCAAGUCUGUUUUUGAGAGCUUUUCUGCUGACGAAUUGGAUUUCCAUUUUAGCGGUGCCUCAACAACAGAGACAACAUUCCUGUCCACAGAAGAACAAAACAAUGAAUUGUACGAUGCUUGGGAUGUCCACAAUACCUUUGCAUUAUUCGAUGCAGAUGGUUCAUUCACAACACAACCAUUCCACAAGAAACAAAAGCUGUAA